AUGCAUCAUCUAUCGGCAAAGUUGACGCAAACAACGCUGCAGUGCGUCAUUCUAUGCACUGAAUCGUACGGUAAUGAAGCGUACGGCUCGGAUAGCGAUCUCAAUAAGAAACCAAUAUUCGCCAUCGAUGAAAUGCGUGAGGCAAGCAGUGAUUCGGACGAUGACGAUACACUGAAUGUACGUGUAAUGCGUAAAAACGCUUGUGUACCUCCUCAUAACAUCACCACGCGUGGUAGGCUACUGGCCAGCGAUAAAUAUUACAAUUCUCAAAUUGAUCCGCAAAGUUUGGGACAUUACUACAUGGAUGACGUUGAGGUGAUUGCACACACUGAAGAACAGCAAUCAACCGAUGAGACAAGCAGCACUCAUGAAAAAUCGCAAUCGACUUCUUGA